GCUAUCCGCUGCCCGCGCGGGCGCUGCCCGAGAUCGUGGGACUACGGUUGCCGCCCCCCUCAGGAGUCACCAUGUUGGUGAUACCCCCUGGACUGAGCGAGGAGGAGGAGGCUUUGCAGAAGAAAUUCAACAAACUCAAGAAAAAGAAAAAGGCAUUGCUGGCUCUGAAGAAGCAAAGUAGCAGCAGCACAGCCAACCAAGGCGGUGUCAAACGCUCGCUAUCUGAGCAGCCUGUGGUGGACACAGCCACAGCAACAGAGCAAGCAAAGCAGCUGGUGAAAUCAGGAGCCAUCAGUGCCAUCAAGGCCGAGACCAAGAACUCGGGCUUCAAACGUUCUCGAACACUAGAGGGGAAGUUAAAGGACCCUGAGAAGGGGCCAGUCCCCACUUUCCAGCCAUUCCAGAGGAGCAUAUCUGCCGACGACGAUAUACAGGAGUCAUCCAGACGUCCCCAGAGAAAAUCUCUGUAUGAGAGCUUUGUGUCUUCCAGCGAUCGGCUUCGGGAACUGGGGCCAGAUGGGGAAGAGUCUGAGGGCCCAGGGGCUGGCGAUGGCCCCCCUCGGAGCUUUGACUGGGGCUAUGAAGAACGCGGCAGUGCCCGCUCCUCAGCCUCCCCUCCCCGGAGCCAUAGCCGAGACCGUAGUCGUGAGCGGAACCGGGACAGAGACAGAGAGCGGGAGCGGGACCGAGACAGAGAGCGGGAUCGAGACAGAGAUCGGGAUCGAGAGCGGGAUAGAGAUCGAGACCGGGACCGGGAACGAGACAGGGAUCGGGAUCGAGACCGAGAGGGCCCUUUCCGCAGGUCAGACUCAUUCCCUGAACGCCGGGCCCCUCGGAAGGGGAAUACUCUCUAUGUGUACGGAGAAGACAUGACACCCACUCUUCUCCGUGGGGCCUUCUCUCCCUUUGGAAACAUCAUUGACCUUUCCAUGGACCCACCCAGAAACUGUGCCUUCGUCACUUAUGAAAAGAUGGAGUCAGCAGAUCAGGCCGUUGCUGAGCUUAAUGGGACCCAGGUGGAGUCCGUACAGCUCAAAGUCAACAUUGCCCGCAAACAACCCAUGCUGGACGCUGCCACUGGCAAGUCUGUCUGGGGCUCCCUCGGUAAGGCAGGAUUCUUCUUUUCUCAUCCUCUCUUUUCUCACAGCUCAUCCCUUCUUUUUGUUUCGCUCCGUGUCCCGGGGUUCCCUAGAGGUGAUAGAGGUCUGGAUUUGUGUGAAGGCGGUGGGAACGGGAAGGAGAAUUGCCGGUCCUUAUGUCAGAGGUGGGAGAAGGAGAGAAAAAGAUUGCAGGUGGCUCUUAAGGGGAUGACUGGAAUGGGGAAAAAGUGGGAGCCAGAGUCGGGCUAGUGAGGAAGAUGGACCUCUCAUGUGGCCUUAUUCAUUUGGAGAUGCAGUACAGUGAUUUCCUAAGCAUUUGAAGCUAGGGAUCAAGAACGCA